AUGAGCCUUGCUGUUCUGUGGGUGUUUCUGCCGCUGGUCGCCGUGGCCCAGGGCCAGUAUGGCGACUACGGGUACCCGUACCAGCAGUACCACGACUACAGCGACGACGGCUGGGUGAACCUGAACCGCCAGGGCUUCAGCUUCCAGUGUCCUCACGGGCAGGUGGUGGUGGCCGUGAGGAGCAUCUUCAGCAAGAAGGAAGGCUCGGACAGACAGUGGAACUAUGCCUGCAUGCCCACCACCCAGAGCCUGGGCGAGCCCACUGAGUGUUGGUGGGAGGAGAUCAACAGGGCCGGCAUGGAAUGGUACCAGACCUGCUCCAACAACGGGCUGGUGGCCGGCUUCCAGAGCCGCUACUUCGAGUCGGUGCUGGAUCGGGAGUGGCAGUUCUACUGCUGUCGCUACAGCAAGAGGUGCCCCUAUUCCUGCUGGAUGACCACGGAGUACCCCGGCCACUACGGCGAGGACAUGGACAUGGUGUCCUACAGCUACGAUUACUACAUGCGCGGAGCCACCACCACCUUCUCCGCAGUGGAAAGGGACCGCCAGUGGAAGUUCAUAAUGUGCCGCAUGACCAACUAUGACUGUGAAUUCGCAAAUGUUUAG